AUGGUUUCUGCAGUAAGCAAUAUAACAGAAUCAUCUGUUACCAGCUCCACCACCCCCGAUUCUUCAAUAAAUAUGACUAAGCCUCCACCAAUUAGCACUUCCAAUAAAAUAAAACACCACCCUCCUAAAGAUGAUAAACCUUUGCCAAUAACACCAAACCGCGAUGGACACAAGAGCGAAGACAAAGAGACUACCACUUCAUCAAAGGAUGAGCCAUCAUCUUCAACGAAUUCAGAUUCUCAAAAAUCAGAGUCUACAGAUAAAGAAGAUAAGAGCAGCAGUGAAACAUCAAACAAGGAUGAUGAUACUGAAUACAGAUUAAUUGCAAAGAGAUUGUUUGAUGAAGAAUUUGUUUCUAUCAUGCCUCAAGAGUACACUCAAUUUUUAGCAGCCGGUGAUCGUGACUCGACCAAAAUUAGAAACUACUAUAUGGAUUUAUUCAAAUGGCCUCCAAACCUUUUAAAGUCAACCAGGAUGCUUUGUUCAAAAUUAUACUUGAAAGGAGAGUCUCAAGAAAUUGACCGUAUAUUAUCAUCAUUCACCAAAUCAUAUUUGAAACAACACCCUAAGAAUGUGUUUUGCACCAAGAAUUUUGAACAGAUUUAUAUUAUCAUAUAUUCCUUAAUAUUGUUAAAUACGGCAUUGCACAAUCUGGAAUUAAACAAGAAAUCUCGUAUCAGUCAAUCUGAUUUCAUCAGAAAUACUUUUACGACAUUUGUGCAACAAAAUGAAAAGUUACUGAAGUCGUUGACUGUAAAGCAAAAGAUUGCCAUUGAGAAUGAAUUGUCAAGUUUUUAUGAGGAUUUAUCUAAAAAUGAAUUGCACUUGAAAACUGCUGAUGAAGCUGGCUCUUCAUCAAUUAGUAAAUCCCAACAUCACCAUCACCACCACCACCAAAGCCACCACCAUCAUAGCGACCACGGCCAUCAACACACCAACGUCCUCAGUAAUAGAUUAUCCAAAGCUAGUCAAGACUCGACAACUACAGAAACCACCAAUGCUAGCACAAAUAGUCCAAUCACACCAGCUAAUGAGCCAACUAACGAAGAUGGAGCAGUCUUGACUCGUCAACAGUCUGCUUCCUCAAUAUGGUCUACUGAUACCACCAACCGUAGAUCAUCUUUGGCAAUGAAAAGAUACACCACCACCACAUCUGAGAUAUCGAAUUUCAAUGCUACUGCCCAAAAUCCGAACCGCCUGCCGGUGCAAAGAGUUGGUAUGGCCAGGGCUUUGGUUGGACACCAACGUCAGCAACAAUUUCAAUCGGAAAAAUCAUCAAUGUAUAAAAAUGGCAAUCCUUCAUUGUAUUCUCAAGCUUCUGGUGUACCACAAUUGAAGAAUCGUCCUUCCUACGAUCAAAUGAAGAGUUUGAAUAAACGUUCUUCGCGACAAUCUGUUAUAUCAAAAGAUUCUGGUAAUAAUGGUGAUGACGUGAUUUCGAUUUUAUCAUUCGACACCAUGAAUUUGCCAAUGCAUGAUGAAUCAGAUGCCCAACAUUUCAAUCAACAAAUGGAAGAUUUCAAUGUUGAUGAUUAUCAAGAUAAAUAUGAUUUGACAUUAGAAUUACAAGGAUCACCAUAUUUGAAGGAAGGGUUAUUGAAAUUGAAAAUUUUAAACAAUGACUCAGUUGAUGAAAUAGAAGGUAACUCCAAUUCAUCAUCAUCAUCAUCAUCAUCUGCAUCUGCUAAUCACGGCAAGUUUUUAUCAUUUUUCAGUAGACCAGCAAAUUCCAGUUCUUCAACUUCUAACAUGAACAAUCACAAAUUUACUGAAAAUUUUGUGGUUAUAAGUAAAGGAGAGUUAUCCUUGUAUUCAUUUGAUCCAAAAGUCAUCAAGAAAUACAAAAAGAGAAAUGGCCACCAACAGCAACAAACUGAACCAGAUGAUGAUGACAUUGUUGGUGAUGGUAAUUGGUUGAAAAAUGCUGCCAAGAUUGGUACCUACAAUUUAUGCUCCACCUAUGCAGAUUUAGAAAAGACAACUUCUCAAGGUAAAGUCAUGUGGUCAUUAACAUUCCCCAAGACUUCGAAACGACAACCUAAAAAGUUUAUAUUUGAGGCUGGUACCAAAGAAGUUGCAUUGGAGUUCAUAAAUACCUGUAAUUUCUGGGCUGCCAAAAUAACUGCGAUUCCCACAUUGGAAGAAAGUGUAAGUUCAUUGGAAUAUGGAUGGACCAAUUUGGAUUAUAUUAUUGCUCAUCGCGAGUCAUUUAAAAAGUCCAGAAAUAUAAUGAAAUAUGAACCCGUUGUCAAGGGAGUAUAUUUGUCCAACUAUAUUGUUAAUAGUGAAGAAACCAAUCAUUUGGGCAUGAUGAGACAAUUUGUUAAAACCUCAAAUUAUUAUAACCAAUUGAAGAAAUUGUAUAACGAAUUCACUGAAAUGAAGCAGAAGUUUUUGAUCAAUUUACCUAAAUGUCAUUUCAACUGUUCAAACCAUAGUCGAAUCUUGACUAAUUAUGACACCAAAAUCAAUGACUAUAAUUUAGAGAUGAAAAAGUAUAAGAAUUAUUUGAUUAUUCUUGGGUUUGGAUUACAAUUGAGAUUCGAUUUAGAAGAUCAAGAUAGGCAACAACAAUAUGAUACAUCAUUAGAGAAUGAAGAUGUUGAUGAUGAUGAAGAAGGAGAAGAGGAUUAUGAAACUAUUGGUGAAACAUUAGCAACCACUGAUAGAGCAAGUAGUGCUGGUGCUAGAAGUAAUACUACAUCUUAUCAUGAUGACGAGUUGACGAAAUUGGUUAAAUUUGAGAUUAAGAAAUUAUUUUUCAAUAUGAAAGAUAUCUCAAAAGUGAUUCCAACUUUCCGAUCACUGAAAUCAAUUAAAAACUUGGCUGAUUUGGCUCAAGAUAUCGAUAACAAAUUGGUCAAGUCACCAAAGACAUUUACUUUAGCUAAUUAUAAUGAAAAUGAGAGUCCAAUCAAUCAAUUACUUGCUACCACUAAUGCCAAUCCUACAGUGAAAUCUAGUUCGAUGAUAAUGGAACUGUCAAUUGCUGAAGAACCAGAGGAUACCGAAGACAGUGAAAUUACCAGAAGAAGUAGUAAAGUUAAUAAUUCUAAAGAUCAUUCACCUGCUACAAGUAUAAGUAGUAGUAUUAAAAAACCAAAUUUAAAAAUUGCCAAUUCAGAAGUAUCAGCAGUGGUGAUUUAG